AUGACCAUUGAUGACUGUACCCUCAAACCUCAAACCAACUACAUCCACCAUCUCAAACUGCUGGGCCAGACCUUCACCCUCAGGGUUCUACUGCUGGGCCAGACCUUCACCCUCAGGGUUCUACUGCUGGGCCAGAUCUUCACCCUCAGGGUUCUACUGCUGGGCCAGACCUUCACCCUCAGUGUUUUACUGCUGGGCCACACCUUCACCCUCAGGGUUCUACUGCUGGGCCAGACCUUCACCCUCAGGGUUCUACUGCUGUGCCAGACCUUCACCCUCAGGGUUCUACUACUGGGCCAGACCUUCACCCUCAGGGUUCUACUGCUGUGCCAGACCUUCACCCUCAGGGUUCUACUGCUGGGCCAGAUCUUCACCCUCAGGGUUCUACUGCUGGGCCAGACCUUCACCCUCAGUGUUUUACUGCUGGGCCACACCUUCACCCUCAGGGUUCUACUGCUGGGCCACACCUUCACCCUCAGGGUUCUACUGCUGGGCCAGACCUUCACCCUCAGGGUUCUACUGCUGUGCCAGACCUUCACCCUCAGGGUCCUACUGCUGGGCCAGACCUUCACCCUCAGGGUUCUACUGCUGUGCCAGACCUUCACCCUCAGGGUUCUACUACUGGGCCAGACCUUCACCCUCAGUGUUUUACUGCUGGGCCACACCUUCACCCUCAGGGUUCUACUACUGGGCCAGACCUUCACCCUCAGUGUUUUACUGCUGGGCCAGACCAUCACCCUCAGUGUUCUACUUCUGGGCCAGACCUUCACCCUCAGGGUCCUACUGCUGUGCCACACCUUCACACCAGACGCUGGACUUGCAAGAGGAGAAACCUGCAGUCUCUCUAAUCAUCUAGAUCUCUGCCUGUCCACCACCAUGUACCUUUACCUCCUCAUCCUCCUCCAACUCCUUUCCUCUGCUGGAGCCUCUGAGAGUGGUAUUGUGGGUGGUAAGAUAGCUAAGCCCCACUCUAGGCCCUAUAUGGUCUCUCUGCAACACAGAGGAUACCAUGUUUGUGGAGGAAUGCUCAUCCGGGAGGACUUUGUCCUGACUUCAGCACACUGCUUAAGGAAUGCUUAUCCUUUAACGGUGGUGCUUGGAGCCCAAGACUUAAAGAAGUGGAAGAAGAGCUGUCAGAAGAUUCAGGUGUCACAUUACCAUCGGCAUCCCUUACAUGAGAAUAUAACGCAGAAUAGUUAUGACAUCAUGCUACUGAAGCUAAAGACCACAGCUCGUCUAACCCAGUAUGUGACGGUCGUUGGACUCCCAAAGGAGGAUGAACAUAUCCCAGCAUCCCCCAAGUGCUCCGUAGCUGGUUGGGGCAAGACUAACUCGAACAACAAGCAGGGUUCGGACGUUUUGAUGGAAGUGGCGGUGACGGUGGAGGAUAACUCUGAAUGCAAGAGCGUGUGGCAGAAAAACUUUGACAUAAAUCAAAUGAUGUGCACUCGUACUACCGGAGGGAAAGGAUUUUGUCAGGGAGAUUCAGGGGGACCUCUUAUUUGUAACAACAAGGCACAGGGUAUCGUUGCUUAUAAUUAUGCUAAGAGAUGUGAUGAUUCCCAAUAUCCUCAUGUGUACAUGAAAAUCCCUUUCUUUAUGCCCUGGAUUAAAGAGGUGUUGCACGGAUAUGGUGACAACAUGUCUUUAAACAAGCAGGAAUAAAUAACUAGAAAGCACUUUGAUUAUAGUGUACUAACAUAAUGGUAUCUAUUCCUGCAUAAAUACACUGCUCAUCAUGCCCUGGAUAGAGGACACAUUUCUGAUAGAGCUAAACCGUUACCCUUUCAUAGUUGUUAGAGAGAGAGACAGAGAGAAAGAGAGCGACAGAGACAGAGAGAGACAGA